UAUUAAAACUUUAUUUUUGCAACCUAAUUAUUAUUAUUGCAACCUAUAACUUUUUAAUUAAAAGUUUUAAAAAUGGCAGAUAUUCUUCAAAGAGGAGAUAAGGUUGGACGUGUUCUGGUGCAGGUGCAGAAUGAUUUAAUACAGCUGAAAAAGAGGGUGACCGCUAUAGUGGACGAUGGUACUGUGGAUCUUGAGGCGCUGGAUGCUGCGAUCAGAAGGACAGAGGAAUGUAUCAAGGACCGGGCCGGCGAAUACCUAGAGACAGUACAUAAACAAGUAACAGUCCUUCCCAUCAUUGAGGAUGUUGAAAAGAAGACAGUUCAGAAGAUUUCAAAAUGGUGUCCACCUGUUGAGUCCAUCCCAUACAUUAACCCUCAGAAAUGCCUGACAGCUGGACCAUCUGCAGGGGAAAAGCACAAGGCAGCAUUUACUAUGAGGAUACUGUACAACCCUGAUCAUCCAAAGAACAGGGACCUUAUACAGCAGACCUAUGGCAUUCGGCUCCCUGAUUUACACAAGAAAACUGUCUUUGCUAUUGGAACCCAGAAAGUGGGCACAACACUUGGAAGCCUUGCUGUUCCUGUACCUGUAGGUGUUCUGAACAGAAACCCUUUCUGUGAGGAGGACAAAGCAACAGGAACUGGCAGUUUCUUAAAGAAAGAUCAGGCUCAUUGUUUGGUUCCUAUUCCUGUUAAGCACAAAGCAGCAUCCCAGCAUCAGAGACUGGACAACAUGCCUAAAAAGAUGGAUGUGUGUAACAAGGACGAGAAACAGCUGCCAGCCAUGAGACGGACUAAGGGUUCCACUCAGGUUUCUGCAACUCCUGACCCACUGUGUCGAUCCUCAUGGGCUACAAUGACUCCACCUCCCUCUGCUGCCUCUGAUUGCAGAAUCCUCCUUUACAACUCUCAGCGUCUUCCAGCACUGACAGCAUCCCCCGUCAGCCAGCACAGUUUCAGCAUAUCGGAGGGCCGCGUUGAUCCCCACGCUUCUGACUUCUGCGCCUUCGAACAGAGCUUCAGUCUGUGUUGGGCCGCCGUGCUGGAGGCAGUGUGGCAGCUGGAACGACUGCUGCGCCAGUUUGCCGUGCCUCAUGCACAGGUGUGCGGGGAGCGCCUCGUGGCCCUGGUGCAGAGCGGCAAGCUGCACCGGGGCAGGCCCGACUGCCUUCUUUCAGUUCUGGAAAACAAAAAGGAGGUACUGGAGCUGAUUAACCACCCUGGGCAGAGAUACAGGGGCGAGGGUGGGGAGCAGGCGGCAGCGGUGCACAUUCAGGCCUGCUGGAGGCGACACCGCGCUCGAAGCGAUUACCUGCGUCAAAACAAACGCAAGUGGGCUGCUCGAACCAUUGGCAUUUUCUGCUGGCUGCAUAUCCAGCGGAGGCGUGUGAGGAAGAGCCUGCGGACCACCCGCCUCCGUCACCUGGAGAAUUUCCACAGCAGGGCAGAGUGGUUAGCUGCUAACUGGAAUCACAUUAUCAACUCCAAGAGGACUAUCAUCCACAUGCCUUCUUUAGGAUACUCUCAGCAGCAGCGUUCCCGUAUCAGAAGGUUUGAUGUACUUCAAAACACCCAGAUUGGCCGUCUGUGUGAUGUCAUAGAUAAGAACGUGGAGGUGAUCUAUGUGUGUCCCGUACGGCUGGGAGAAGACUUGAUCCACUACUACACUCAGCUGCUGGGUCUGCAUGGAGCUGUGGAGACUGGAAAGAGCACCGAUUUUUCUUCUAGCUGUGCCGAACGCUUUACCAUCCUCACACCUGCGGCACAUCAGCACUUUCCAAAUCACUCCAUGUGUGUCUCCACACUGCUGAAGUACAGCCCACACACAUUACGCCGCAUUAAAAACCUGAUCCAGGGGAAACAUGCCUAUAUCGUUGGGGGCGUCCCCCACAUGGACGAUCUUGCCGUGGCCGAUGAGUUAGGGGUCCCAGUCCUGGGCCCGGAACCCGCUGUAGCGCAGCUCUAUGGCACGAAAUCUGGAGCCAGGAGGAUUUUCAGCAGUGCUGGGGUCAGCACACCCCCAGGACAUGCUGACAUCUAUACUUUGCAGCAGCUCCAUGAGUGUCUUUCUCAGCUGAUCACAGAUCAUUUAGAGGUGCAGCGCUGGCUCUUUAAAACGGACGGUGGGUUGAGUGGAUGUGGCAUAGCCUACUUUGAUGUGUGUCAUGUUAGCUUCAUGCCCUGGGCUCUGCAGGAGUAUCGACGUCACGGACCACAGCUCUGGAGGACGGCCUGGGCUCAGGAACGAGUGCUGCUGAAGUUUCAGGAGGCGCUACCUGCUCUGCUGACCUCGUACGCCAAACCUUUCGAUAGAUCAUAUCCAAACUGGACCUGUUUCUUGAAAGAAUUUCUCAGAGCAGGUGGCGUGAUCGAGGCUUACCCGCCGUCAGACAGUGUGACAUCCCUGACAGUGGAUCUGUUGGUGGAGCCAGGUGCAGAGGUACGCAUUCUCUCGUGUGGAGACCAGCUGCAUGGCCCCGGUUCUCUACAUGUGCUGGGCUGCACCGUGCCCCAGAGCUCCGUCUGCCCCGAUGUCCUCCACUCCGUCUGCACGAGCGUCGGCAAGGCCUGUCGGGAACGCAACAUCCUGGGCCACCUCUCCCUGGAUCUGGUCACCUUUUUGGAGCCUGGCAGUUUGGAACAGCAGUUCACCUCAUUGCAUGUCUUUGGACUGUGGAAGGAAACCGGAGCUCCUGGACGAAAACCCACACAGACACAGGGAGAACAUGCCAACUCCACACAGAAGGGACCCGGACCACUUCACCUGAGAAUCAGACCCGGGACCAUCUUUCUGUGAGGCGACAGUGCUACCCACAGCUCUGCCAUGCAGCCAUUGUUGGGCCCUUGAGCAAGGCCCUUAACCCUCUCUGCUCCAGGGGCGCUGUACCCUGCCUGACCCUGCGCUAUGACCUCAGCUUCCCAAACAAGCUGGGAUACGUGAAGAAAGAAUUCCGUCGAGCUGAAAUCUCAGCAUGCAAACUCCACACAGAAAGGACCCGAACUGCCCCACCUGGGGGUCAAACCCAGGACCUUUUUGCUGUGAGGCGACAGUGCCAUGGGAUGACACUGAAACACUGACACAGACCCAUGGGAUAGUUCUGAAUUUGGAUGCGUACCUUAUUGUACUGUAGGGUACCAUGCAAUGGAAAAUGGGCAUUAGUCAUGCUUCAGUUCAUCAUGUCAGGUGGGAUUAACAAAAUGAUCUUUACAAAGUCUCAUGCAGUAUAUACAGUACAAAUAUUAAACAUACAAAGGUUAACAAUAAUGAUAAUUAUGAUACAUUGUUUGCAAUAUGCUAAUUAUUGUAUGGCC